AUGCAUGAAGGUGAGAACCAACCGUGGCGUGCAGCAGGGCAGCUUCGCGCAGGUGCUCGAAUGUUGUCCCUGAGGGACCUGCACCUACCCCAUUCUCACAUUUCGAGAGCAGCUUCAGGAAAGUUUCCCGCGAUACUGCCAGGUAAGAGUCUGGCUCGGGCUGGGGCCAAGGUGACGAUGUCAGGUUCGGUUGGGCGGGAUUGUUGGCAGUGGUGGCAGGGGGGCGGGAAGCGGUUUGAAUCUGUGCCCUUCUCGCCGCUGCCUGGAACGCAUUCUCCGGACCCCCUUCUCGAGAGCCCCUGCCACGUCCGCGACCUCCGGCUCGUCCCCCACGCGUCCGCGCACUGGCCGCGGCCAACUGGGGAGUUUCGCGACCACCUAAUCCCGCGUUCUGACGCGACCGUGCGUCCUCGAUCGCCUGCUGCCGACGCGUUCGCCGUAAUGGCGACUGAAGCGGAGAAGUCAGCAGUGGACCAAGGUCACACCGCUGAGAGUGCGAUUGCUCCGCCUCCGGCCCCUGCUGCCGCUGUUGCUGUUGCUGCUCCUCCCCUACUCCCCCUGGCUCCCCCUGCUGUUGUUGCGACGUCCGCGGCUCCGCUUCCGCUGUCGCCGGCUCCCCCGCUGAGCCUUCCGCACGCUGUUCCCGUGUCCGGCGCGCCGGUUCCCGUUGCGCAGCCGUUGCCUGUGGCGCAGCCCCCCGCCCAAGCUGUCGCUGGGGGCCCUGCGCUGGGGACAGCGGUGGGCGCCGGCCCCGAUUCUGCCCACUUGGUUGCCCCUGCGGCUGCGCCGGUGAAUCCCGUCGCGCAGCGGCUCGCGGAGUCCCAGAUACGCGCUGCCGUGGGGGGCAAUGCAGCUGCGCAUCGGGGGCGAGGUUCUCCUCGUCGUCGCCCCUCCUCGUCGUAUCGGUCGGCGCACCGCGGAGGCCGCGGUGGCUGGUGGGGAGGUCACGGUCGCGGGCGCGGUGGGCCAAGCGAGAUGCAGCAGCUCCGCGAGGAUUUCCCGGGGAUGUUAGCUGCGGCGAUGCGCAACGCCCUGAAUGGCGCACCGAAUCUUGGUAGCUCCCCGGCUCCCGCCGCUCCUGCGCCCGCGCCUGUUCCCGUGAAUGCGCAGGUUCCGGCCGCGCCCCUUGCUGCAUCUGCCCCGCACGAAUCUGCAUACCCACGGGCUCCUGCUCCUGGCGGAGACCGUGCUCCGCCUGCCUACGUUCGCCCUGUGUCUGCCUCGCAGUAUCCGCCCCUGCCCUGGAUUCCCCCUCUUCCGGACACGGGAUUUGUGGGAGCGGGAGGCGGAGCGGCGAGGGGAGCCUUCGUUCCUCCGCGUCGUUUUGCUGAAGCUCCAUCCGUGCAGCCUCCGCCCCCUCUUCCUGUUCCGCCUGCCGCGUUGCGGACCGGAGUGGCUCAAGUUCCCACGGCGACCCUAGCGCAGCUGUGGCGCUUGGUGGAGUGCCAGCAGGCCCUGACACUGAUUCUGGUGAAUGCGCACUUCGCCAUUCUCCAGAGCCCAGGGAGCACUCUCGAUCGUGAGGCUCGAGGAGAUUGCUUGGCGGCGGCUGCGCAGCUUGCCUUCCUCCUCCUACCCUUGCUAGGAGCGCCCGCGAUGGGAGGCGUUGCGGUUUCUGAACUGAACGGAACGGUCCAGGGUCUGACCGCACACCUCCAGGCUGGUGGCGGGAUUGAAGCCGUAGGCGCGACCGCGUUAGUGGUCCAGCAACUGGACUUGAGAUCCAACUACCUCACUGGCAAUGUGCCGCAGGUGCCUGCUGGCCGCAACAUUGACUUCAAGUUCUUCACCAACUGCUUUCACAGAGCAGCAGGUGCAGGUGCAAGCACCUUGCUGGGGGACGAGAAUCCACGGUCCACCACAGAUUGCACGCGAUUCUACUCCACCCUUGACCAAGGGAGACCGCCAACGCCUGCCGUCCUCGCCACUUCUCCCACUGGUCCUCCCACAUCCAACACCACUGCUGCUGCCAGCCCCUCUCCCCCCACAUCUCCCUCACCUUCCCUCUCACCGACCCCCUCCACACCUUUUCCCUCCUCCCCCACCCCACUUACUAAGCCCAGCAGCAGCCUUCGCCCCCCUGCCCUCUCGCCUAUGGCCGCCUGCCUGCUGGCGCUGCUGGCUGCUGUCAUGGUUUGA